GCGAAAAGGAGAGACAUGAAGUUUGCUAAUUUUAAUGUUAAUUAUAUUCUGCAAAUGUGUACUAUAUACUUUGCGCGAUGCAAAACUGUAGCUUAUUGUAAAUUUCGUGGAUUUCAUAAAUAUUACUGAUAUGUCCGCCCAAUAUUACUGAUAUGUCCGCCCAAUAUUACUGAUAUGUCCGCCCAAUAUUACUGAUAUGUCCGCCCAAUAUUACUGAUGUGUCCGCCCAAUAUGAGAACUCUUGUAAGUCUUAAAUAUUUUAUUCAAAAUACAUUGCAUUUUUUUAAACGCUUGCUCAGAUCCACGAAAUUAUUGAGAACGUUUUUUCGCAUUUUCUAUAAACGAAUUUUUAGAAAAUGAAGUUAUUGCUGCUAACCCUCUUUACUCUCGGUGUAUCAGGAUCUGAAGAAAAUGACAGGAAGGGAAAACUAUUUUUAGUAACUUCUACCACAUCUACCACAGUCUCAACAACAACAUCUAUUUUGCAGACAACAACAACAUGUUUUGCAGUGACAGCUGCUAGACAAGCUUGUAGAAAAAGGAGAAUGAUACUGAGCAAUGAUCCUAUUACAAAUGCGGAGGAUACUAUUGAAAUUAGCAGAGUUGAAAGGAAUGUUGAUGACACUGUUGAAGUUGACAACAUUGAGUCAGGAACUCCCAAGGACGGAGCGAAGCGGGAUGCUAAAUUCUUCUGGUACUACAUGACCACAACAACUACCAGUACAUCAACCUCAACAUCAACAUCACUUAGUUUUACAGCCACAUACCUCAUCACUCUGUCUGGAUGCACUCCUGCUGGCGCCACCUUCACUGUAUGCGGAUAAAAAUGGAACUUAUUUGAAGCAAGCAACUCCUGUACUGCUUGCGGAUAAACACGGAACUAAUUUACUGUCACGGGUUGAGUUAUAAUCCUUUUUAGUUGCUUUGUUAAUUGUUGAAAUCCUUUUGUGUUGAAAUAUAUAUUUGUCAGUUGGAAUAA